AUGGGCAUCUCAUUCGCUCAGUCAGGCGCCUCUCGGAUAGCCAUUGGAGCACGAUCGUCUCUGAUCACCCAAAAAGAAACCAUCCUGGCAGCAGCUAAGAAUGCAGGUCGUGAAGAACCCAAGGUGUUGAUCAUCAAGCUCAAUGUGAGCGACAAGAAAAGUACUGAGGAAGCUGCGCAGCUUGUUGAAAAGGAAUUUGGAAAGCUGGACAUUGUUGUCAACAAUGCUGGAACUAUUGGUACCCCAGCUAUGGUCGGGGAAAGCGAUCCAGAUGACUGGUGGGAGACAAUGGCGACUAAUUUGAAGGGUCCGUAUCUCGUCAGCAGAGCUUUUCUUCCUUUAUUACUGAAAGGAGGUGACAAGACUAUCGUAACGACCAGCAGUGUCGGUGCUCAUCUUGUUGGUCCAGGAUUGAGCUCGUAUCAGACGAGCAAGUUGGCUGUGAUGAGAUUGAUGCAAUUCAUCUCUGAGGAAUAUAGAGAGAAGGGCGUUGUGGCAUUCUGCAUCCAUCCAGGAAAUAUCAAGACUGACAUAUUGAGCGCGUUCCCUGGUGGAUUACCACCUGUCUUUGACGCAGUUCUCGUCGAUACUGUGCAAUUACCGGCAGAUACGGUUACCUUCCUGACGAGAGAGUAUAGAGAGUGGCUUGGAGGACGUUAUAUCAACUGUUUCUGGGACAUGCCAGAAUUGGUAGCAAUGAAGGACGAGAUUCCGAAAGGAGAUAAACUCAAAGUCAAAUUGGUAUAUUAA